GGCUCAAGAUAAAAACCAGAUGAAUUUCCGUUACAGGUAUCUGGCUCACUUCUUGAGGAACAACAACACCUUCAGAGGCAGAAUUCACUGAGGGAAGACCAUUGUCAUUGUUCUUCAACCCAGACACACUCUCAGGUUUAAUCCAGCAACCCCUUCUCUCUGUACGUCCGUCCAUCCAUCCAUCCAUCCAUCCAUCCAUCCAUCUACUCAUUCCUCCCGUCAGCUGAGCAAGUGAGAACUCAACUGAGAUGGCUCCCACCCUGGCCACAGCCUUCUCCAGGCGCUGGUGGAUGGCGGUGACAGCGGUCAUAGAGAAUCUCCUGUUCUCCGCUGUGUUGCUGGGCUGGGGCUCCCUGCUGAUCAUGCUGAAGUCAGAGGGCUUCUACUCUUAUCUGUGCCACGGACCUGAAAACAUCUCUAGUUUCAACCUGUCCAACACAUCAGCGCCUGGCAGUAAAGCAGAGGAGUACCACGAGAUGAGGGGCUGGCCCAUCUGCAAGGACCAAGAUGAGAGGCUUAACCUCGCCUUCACCGUGGGUUCCUUCCUGCUGUCCGCCAUCACACUGCCCCUCGGCAUCGUCAUGGACAAAUACGGGCCACGAAAGCUGCGACUGCUGGGCAGCGCUUGCUUUGCCUGCUCCUGCCUCCUCAUCGCCUAUGGAGCCAGCGAUCCCACAAAUCUCUCCUUCCUGAUCUUUUUUGCACUGGCACUGAAUGGCUUCGGAGGCAUGUGUAUGACCUUCACCUCACUGACGCUGCCCAACAUGUUUGGAGACCUGAGGUCCACCUUCAUUGCCCUGAUGAUAGGGUCUUAUGCUUCUUCCGCUGUCACUUUUCCUGGCAUCAAGGUGCUCUUCGACCUGGGUGCCACCUUCAUCUCCAUUCUGCUGGUAUGGGCUGGAUGUGCGUGCCUCGUCUUCUUCAACUGCUUCUUCAACUGGCCACUGGAGCCCUUCCCAGGUCCUGAGGACAUGGACUACACGGUGAAGAUAAAGUUCAGCUGGCUUGGCUUUGACCACAAGAUCACAGGGAAGCAGUUUUACAGGCAGGUGACUACCGUGGGGCGUCGCCUAAGCGUUGGAAACUCCAUGAAGCAGCAGCACAACCAGUCUAAGGAGCUGGCCACGCAGGAGGCCAACAAGCUCUGCCUCUCCACCGUCGACCUGGAGGUGAAGUGCAAAGCUCAGGAAGAGACUCAGUCUUUCAUGAAGAGUGUCUUCAGUCCUAUCUUCAUGCUGAGCCUCAUCACCAUGUGUGUGACUCAACUCCGCCUUAUCUUCUACAUGGGAGCCAUGAACACCAUCCUGGAGUCCCUGACUGAAGGAGACUUCAGCACAGUGAGCGUGUACACAUCCAUUUUUGGCGUACUCCAGCUUUUGUGUCUGGUCACCUCCCCCGUCAUUGGCUACAUCAUGGACUGGAGACUCAAAGACUGUGAGGAUGAGAAUGAGAAGAAGUCCAAGAGGGAGCCUGGUCAGCCCCGUCGCCCUGACAAACAGAUUCAGAAGAUCACCAAUGCCACCAGAGCUUUCAUCUUCACCAAUCUCCUUCUGGUUGGAUUUGGAAUCACCUGCAUCAUCCCCAACCUGCCCCUACAGAUUCUGUCGUUCAUUCUGCACACGGUGGUCAGAGGUUUCAUUCACUCUGCAGUUGGAGGCCUCUAUGCUGCUGUGUAUCCAUCCUCUCAGUUUGGCAGCUUGACUGGGAUGCAGUCUCUGAUCAGCGCAUUGUUUGCCCUGCUGCAGCAGCCUCUCUUCAUGGCCAUGGUUGGACCCCUGAAGGGAGACCCCCUAUGGGUGAAUGUAGGCCUGCUGGUGGUGAGCAUGCUGGGAUUCUGCUUGCCAUUAUACCUGAUGUGUCAUGGGCGCCACCUCACACGCCUCAGGGAGGAGCGGGACGAAGACCCUAAGAUCUACGUACAGAUCAACAACGGCAGCAAGCCCGAAGCCUUUGUCUAGACUCAGACAGGGGGAAGAAAAAAAAAAGAAGAUGAUCAGUGAAAAAAGGAGCGAGAGAAAGUAUGAGACAGAGAGAAAGAGAGAGAGAGAGGGAAGGUCAGUGGGGGUCAUUUGCUUGUGUGACUGUGAUGAAUGGUAUUCACUUCCUCGCUGCUUCCCCAAUACAGUGGCAAAUCUCUCUCAAAUCGUCUGCACUUGCACUCAGACGAGUCUCUCUCUCAUGGUCGCCAUCAC